CGGCACGCAUUUGUAGUAAAAGGUAAUGUCUUUCAGAGGACGUCUCGCGCUCGUCACCGGUGGAGCGAGUGGCAUCGGUGCUGCUGUUUGUCGCGCUCUGGCUGAAGAAGGUGUGACUGUAGUGGUGGCGGACAGGCAGCUCGAGGCGGCGCACCAGGUGGUCGUGUCCUUGUCAGGCGACGCCAAACACCAAGCCAUCCACGUCGAUGUCGGUGACACGUCGUCAGUGGAACAGCUCUUCAACUGCAUCAGGAAUUCAUACUCGCAGCCGCUGAGCAUAGUUGUGAACUGUGCCGGCGUUCACCGCAUGGCACUUCUCGAAGACACUACUGAAGAGAUGUUCGACAGCGUCAUGAGGGUCAACCUGAAGGGUACAUUCCUAAUCAACCGAGCCGCCGCUCGAGAACUGAUACGCUUGGGGAAGCCACUUCCCGAGGGAGGCGGCGCCAUUGUGAAUGUGGCCAGUAUCUCGGCCAAAAGCGGUGGGUCCAGGUGCAGCGCGUACGCCGCUUCCAAAGCAAGUGUCGUCGCUCUGACGAAGUCCGCGGCUCAAGAACUGGCGAACCACGGCAUUCGCUGCAACGCAGUUCUCCCUGGAUGGACGAACACGCCCAUGACGAAUCGCCUAACUGAAAGCCACGGAAGCUUUCUUGUGUCUCGGACACCUCUCGAGCGCGCAGCCCAGCCACGGGAGAUAGUUGAGGCGAUCAAGUUUUUGUGCUCGCCAGCUGCUAGCUCGUUUGUGACAGGCGCAGUGCUUGAAGUCACCGGAGGAUUUGAUAUGUGAAUACACCAUGAUUCCCCACAUGUGGUUUGCGUGCAGCAUUGAAUAUAGAAAUAAGCAUU